AUGGCCGUGGCAUUAAAUAAAGGUAUAUUCAUAGCGGCGGCAAAAAGAACGCCGUUCGGUAAAAUGGGUGGCAUGUUGAAGGAUGUUCGACCAGCAGACUUAUUGGCUGGAGUCGCCAAAGACGCCUUUAAGGCUGGUAAUGUGUCCCCAGCAGCGAUAGAUACCGUGAACAUCGGUAUCGUCAAUGUGUUAUCGGGUAGUCCUGACGGCGGUCUGUCCCCUCGUCACGCGGCCCUCAAGGCCGGAGUCCCACACGAGAAACCGGCUUUAGGAGUUAACAGACUGUGUGGAUCAGGGUUCCAGGCUGUUAUAAACAGCGCUCAGGACAUUAUGACAGGAUCUGCUGAAGUCUCUUUAGCUGGUGGAACAGAAAAUAUGUCUUCCGUACCUUUUUUGGUCCGAAACGUGAGACACGGCGUCCCCUUGGGUUCGAACAUAGAAUUUGAAGAUUCAUUAUUCAGACAAUCUCUGGACACCUACUGCAACCACACGAUGCCUCAGACUGCUGAAAACUUAGCUGAUCAAUACAAUUUGACCAGGGCGGAAGUUGAUGAAUUUUCAUUUCAAUCACAGAAGAAGUGGAAAGCUGCACACGACAGCGGAGUCUUCAAGGCAGAGUUAUCACCCGUUAUAGUGAAGGUUAAGAAACAAGAUGUGAUGGUCGAGGUUGAUGAACAUCCUCGACCCGACACCAGCUUGGAAGCUCUUCAUAAACUACCAGUGUUAUUCAGAAAGGGUGGAGUGGUGACUGCUGGGAACUCCUCCGGUAUUAACGACGGAGCCGGCGCCCUCAUCGUGGCGAGUGAAGAAGGUCUCAAGAAUAAUAACUUGAAACCUUUGGUCCGUCUGCUCGGCUGGUCGUGUGUGGGUGUGGACCCCAGUGUGAUGGGCAUCGGACCUGUACCAGCUAUAGAGAACCUUCUGAAAAUCACUAACUUGACCUUGAAGGAUAUAGAUCUCGUGGAGAUAAACGAAGCAUUCGCGGCCCAGACUGUGUCGUGUGCGAAAGCUUUGAAGCUUGAUAUGGAGAAGUUGAAUGUGAACGGAGGAGCCAUCGCGAUAGGACACCCGCUGGCCGCCUCCGGGGCGAGGAUCACGGCGCACCUCACACACGAACUGAGACGAAGGGGACUUAAACGAGGCAUUGGCUCGGCUUGCAUUGGAGGUGGACAAGGGAUCGCGUUACUUUUAGAAGUUGUGUAA